GUGGUUAGCAAGGUCGAUUAAGUUAUACGUCAUAUUCAGUUUUGGGGAAUGUCCAAGACCUGUUGCAGUAGCGGGUUUUUUCUAAAAUCAAAUGCUGCAAUUGUCAUAAAUUCAGCUGCGGUUUAAAAAUGUACUGAAAUUUAAUAUUGACUUGUAAAUGGGUGUAGAAAGUAUUAUCAGUAUUUUGUAAGAUUAAUUUCGCUGACUUUGAAUAUAAUUUUACUGAAUGACAGUAAGUAUAUUUGACGCUUUAUUACUGCGAAUUUAAAGGGUGUUAUAAUUUACGUGCAAUAAAUUGUAGUAUAGAAACAUCACCACACGUUUUAGACAAAUAUUACAUAAUUAUUGUAAUCAAAUGGUCAUCGACGAGCCGCAGGAGCGAUAAUAAGUUAUCUCCCUUUAUUUGGCAAGUUAUUUUUUGGGGGGGGGCCGCGAUGUUUAUAUUUAUCUUAUAUUCGUUCUGAUUAGCAUUAGUGUCAGCAACCAGACAUUUUCCCCCAUACGAGUUCACUUGUGGAUUUCUAUACGAGUUCACUGCAUUUGCCCCCAUACAAAUAAAAAAAAAUAUAAUGAGUAAACUACGAAAAGUGACAACCCAGUCAUCUAAAUCAAAAUCGGACAAGAGUAAACUUUCACCACCAUCAGUCUCAGAGACUCUACCGUCACCUUUUCUAAGUGGCACAUGUCCAGUAAAGAGGAAAACUGUGCAUCCAAAAUUAGCACGGCAGCCACCAAAACAAAUUCUUAGAACCAGCAGAAGAGUCGCAUCAAGGAAAUCUUCGUCAAACGAGACAGAAGCAAACGAAAGUCGCACUUGUAAGAAAGGAUUUGCCAAAGAAUCACUCUCACAGAUUCAGCAGCUGAAACAUUCCAAAGACGUUAAGAAAUCAUCAGAUACAUGUGGGUUUUGUGGCAAGGUUUUCUCUAGGAAGACAUUCUUUAUAUCACAUCUCCUGAAGCACAAUGAUGAGAAACUGAAAGCCUUGAAUUCUGGCCAAAAUCAGAAAACAUUCGAGGAGCAUUCAGAAGAGAAACAGGAUGUUUUGGAUCACUGCCAGAAUCAAAUAACUGUGAAUCAGUGCAGAGAACUGAAACAGGAAGCUUCUGAGCAUCUCAGAGAACAAAAACAGAAUUAUGGUAAACAGACACAGAAAGAUUUGAAUCAUUGCAGAGAACUGAAACCAGAAGCUUUAGAGAAUAUCAAAGAACAAAAACGGAAUCGGUGUAAACUGAAACAGAAAGAUUUGCAUUGUCGCAGAGAACAGGAACAAAAAGAUUUGGAAUUUUAUAGAAAACAGAAACAACAGGAAGAUUUGGAUCAUUGCCAAGAACAGGAACUUGAACAGGAUGUUCCAGCCAAGGAUGAAGCAAACUCAUCAGCUGUAGAUGACCUUGACAGUGAUCAUGAAGAUGACCUUGACUAUCAAGAUAGUUUUUCAACAGAUGGUGUUUCAGAAUCGUCCACCACUCUUGGCUCUGAUGGAAAGGAGUUAAAUCCACAUGCAGUUGCUUCCAAGACUCACAGAUAUUGUUGCCCAGUCUGUGGGAAAGGUUACUCCCAGAAGGGAAGUCUCACAAACCAUGAGGCAUCUCACACUGGUAAAGGUGCCCACAGAUGCACCAUCUGUGACGACAUCUUCAACAAGAAGUCCAAGCUGACGAGACACAUGCGUAAGCAUCACCAUGACAACCCUCCUGCAUGUCUGCUUUGCAGACGGACGUUCAAGAGUACCCGUCACUUGCAGACCCACAUGUCGGUGCAUCAGAACUUCACGUGUGCCGUCUGUGGAAAGACAUUUGCCAGGAAACACCACCUCAAAUUCCAUCAGUUCUCCCAUUCUUGCGAGAGACCUCUAAAAUGCGAAACCUGUGGAAAGGGAUUUAAGAAUAAUUACGGCUUGAGGACGCACCAGCUGUGUCACGUGGAAAAGAGGAGACACAUCUGCGAACAGUGCGGGAAGGGGUUCAAGAUUUCCUCUCACCUUUAUAGGCAUCUUCAAGGUCACACGGAAACGAGGAAUUUCACUUGUGGAAAGUGCGGGAAGAGUUUUAAACAAAAGUGUCACUUGAAGGUGCACAUGUACUCUCACACCGGAGAGAGACGGUUCCGCUGUCAAGUGUGCGGGAAAGGUUUUACCCAGAAUUCCUACCUCGAAAAGCAUCAGUGUUGUGUGGAUGGGGACAAAAAGAAACUCUCCUCGGAGAAUAAAACAAUCAAAACAUUCAGCAAACAGGACGUACAAGAACCAAUUAAAACAUUUAACCCCCAGGAUGUAAAAGAGCCAUUUAAACAGUUUAAGACACAGGAUGUAAUGGAACCGUACAUAGAAAUGGAUGUAGCUGUUGAGCCUGGAAUCGGCUGUUUAGUUACUGAUAAAUCUGUGCAGUCAUAUUCUCAUUUGAUGUCGACAGUACCACAGACGCAGUGCCAGCAGCCCAUACCUCAUACAAAUCACAGUGUUAAUCAAACCUUCAACCACGUGGACCAGAUAUCAAACACACAUGUGCAUCUAACUAGAUCUAAUGUAUAAUAAUUGGAAGGAAGGAAAUGGUUUAUUUAACGAUGCACUCAACACAUUUUAUUUACCGUUAUAUGGCAUCGGACAUGUGGUUAAGGACCACACAGAUAUUGAGAGAGGAAACCUGU